UAAAUGCUAAAUGCCAAAAUAACAAGUUUUUAGAUAAGCAGUUUGUAUGUAUGUGUGUUGUUGCAAUCGUUUCUCUCACAUCGAAAUAUAUAACUGCCUACUUGGCACCUUUCAUUUUCGUAUCUUGAACCUUUGUAUUCAUAUGAUAUUAUAGAUAGUAAAAGUGUUGGCGGUAUAUCGUGUAUAGAUGUCUAUCAAUAGCAGAGUGCAGAAGUCCGACCGAAAUCUCGAAGAAGCAAAUAUGAUUCGCAGCAUUAAAUUAUUUGGAUACAGGGGUCUCACUCUAGAGCCCUAUGCAAGCUCUUUACAAUUGAUCAGCAACAAUGCAUCAACUAAAGCAAAUCUAAAUGUUCAGAACUUACCAAGACUGCCAGUUCCAAAGCUUAAUGACACACUUAACAAGUACCUUAAAACUGUUAAACCAUUCCUCAGUGAUGAAGAAUUUGCUAAUACAACCAAAUUGGUAAAGGAAUUUGGGUCUCAGGGAGGUGUUGGCAUUAAGUUACAGAGUCUUCUCAAGAAGAGGGCAGAAAAACAUGUAAAUUGGCUUGAAGAAUGGUGGCUAAACACUGCUUAUUUAGAAUACAGAGACCCAGUUGUUGUGUAUUCAAGCCCGGGCUUAGUGUUUCCAUUUAGGAAAUUCAACAAUCAAGAUGAACAGCUGCAUUAUGCCGCCAAAACAUUGUUGGCUGCAUUGGAGUAUAAAGCAUUGAUAGAUGGAGACAAAAUCCCAGUAGAAAUGAUGGGAAAAAGUCCACUUGAUAUGUCCCAAUACAAGAAAAUCUUUGGAACAUGCAGGAUCCCUGGUGAAAAGAGGGAUAAAUUGUCUUUUAAUGAUACUAAAUAUGUUACGGUUAUUCAUAACAAUCAUAUUUUCCAUGUUGACCUUUGGGGUAACGAUAAUAAAAAACUAAGCGAAGAUCAAAUCGUGCAAGCUUUGAAGAAAGUGAUAGAACUUUCUAAGAGUCCGGCUACUGAAGCUAUCGGCGUCCUGACAUCGGACAAUCGUGAUAAUUGGGCUAAAGCGUAUCAGGCUUUGAGCAAAGACAAGGUGAACAGAGAUUCGCUGGGCGACGUGGAGCGCAGCUUGGCGGUGCUGUGUCUGGACGCGGCGUGCGGAGUGUGGAGCGCCGCGGACAAGGACGCGCGCCAGACGCUGGCCGCCGCGCAAACCAUACACGGCGGCGGCAGCGCAGCCAACGCUGCCAACCGCUGGUUCGACAAGACUGUACAGUUCAUAGUGGGCGCUGACGGAGUUACAGGCUUGACAUACGAGCACUCUCCGGCCGAGGGACAGCCCAUAGCUGUUCUCACCGACUUUAUUAUUAACUAUAUAGAUAAAGGUAGCUCAAGUACUGAAUCAUCGUCGAGCCCCAAGGACCCUGUAAAAUUGAACUUUAACGUGAGCGCGGAUGUCGUCGACAUGAUCAGCACUGCUAAGACUAAUGUAGACAAACUAGCAGCUGAUCUUGAGUUGAAUUGCUUCACGUUUGAUAAAUACGGAAAGAACUUUAUCAAGUCACAAAAACUUAGCCCCGACAGCUAUCUACAGAUGGCUAUGCAAUAUGCGUUUUACAGGCUGCACGCGACGCCGGGCGCGCACUACGAGUCGGCGGCGACGCGCAUGUACGUGGGCGGGCGCACGGAGACAAUCCGCUCGUGCUCGCCGGAGUCUGUGGAGUUCGCACGCGCUAUGCUCGACACCGGCCUCGCGCCACAUCUCAAGCUGCUCGCCUUGCGCCAGGCUAUCGACGCGCACAAGAACUACACCGUGCAGGCUCUGCAAGGAUUGGGCGUUGAUAGGCAUCUCCUUGGACUGAAAUUGACAGCUCUUGAAAAUGGUAUCGAGAUCCCGAAGCUGUACUCGGACGAAGGUUAUCGCCGCAGCGCUCACAUGAGGAUAUCAACUAGCCAGGUGGCGUGCAAAUGUGACGGGUUCAUGUGUUACGGGCCGCUGGUGGAGGACGGGUACGCGACCUGCUACAACCCGCGCGAUGACGACGUCAACUUCGCCACGUCCGCCUUCCGCCGCAACCCCGACACCGGCUGCGGCCCUUACCGCGCCGCCCUCGAGCAGUCGCUGCAAGACAUGCACCACCUGCUGCUGCAACAACACGCCAAGUCCAAAUUGUAACCGUCUCCAAACUUUACACAACCUUCACAACGCAUCCGUCCUCAUUACUUGGGGUAUGUUAACCAAACAACUUUACUAAUUAAUCCCCACACUAGGUAUUGUAUAAAAGGCCUUAAUAUAAUAUGUAACAUUCGAGUCGUAUGUUUCAAAUUUAUUGAUUGAUAUU